UCCAUCCCUCCAUGCGGAUUGGUUCGAUUUGCACCAUUCUCCAGAUUGGUUUGAGUAAGCUAAAUUGUAUGAAAAGAAGAAGUACAUGUAACCUUAUCAGUCCUUCACCAACUAUUCUUUCACACAUUUCCAUGGAAGAGCAGCACAUAAAAACCUGAGGUCCUCUGGUGAGGCUGCUGUGGAGUCAUCAUGGUGGGCUAUGACCCAGGGUCUAAGGGUGCUGCUCCAGCCCCAGAAGAUGCAGCCCUGUCUGGGUCAGCCGCAGGCAUGGUGACCCGAGCCCUGAUCAGCCCCCUGGAUGUCAUCAAGAUAAGAUUCCAGUUGCAGAUAGAGCGCGUAUCGUCAAGGCACCCUGAAGGGAAGUACUGGGGUCUGUUCCAGGCAUCACGUUGUAUCCUGGCAGAGGAGGGGCUGCCUGCCUUCUGGAAAGGACAUGUCCCCGCCCAGCUCCUCUCUGUCUGCUUCGGGGCAGUACAGUUUGCCAGCUUUGAGUUCCUGACUGAGAUGACCCACAAGAGCACCGCAUAUGACAGCCAGACAGCAGGGGUGCACUUUGUGUGUGGCGGUCUGGCCGCCUGCUCUGCCACUGUAGCCUGCCAGCCACUAGACACACUGCGAACACGCUUCGCAGCUCAGGGAGAGCCCAAGGUGUAUGGCAGCCUGAGACAUGCUGUGUCCACCAUGUACCGCACUGAGGGGGCCCUGGGGUUCUACCGUGGCCUGGGCCCAACACUGGUGGCAGUGUUCCCCUACGCAGGCCUGCAGUUCUUCUUCUACAAGGUCCUCAAGAACCUCAUGGGACCACCGCCCAAGGACAGCAACGUCGGAGGCAACCUCAGAAGCUUGGUAUGUGGAAGCUGUGCUGGAGUCAUCAGCAAGACAAUGACCUACCCCUUUGACCUCAUCAAAAAGAGACUGCAGGUGGGAGGGUUUGAAGAAGCCAGAGUCCACUUUGGACAGGUGCGGAAGUAUGGUGGCUUUGUAGACUGUGUGUCCCAGAUCGCCAGAGAGGAGGGUCUCCGGGGCUUUCUCAAAGGCCUAUCUCCCAGCCUAGUGAAAGCAGCUGUCUCCACGGGCUUCACCUUCUUCUGGUAUGAGUUCUUCCUUAAUGCCAUACAGAACCUGAAGGGCAGCCAGUGAGCAGAGGAGCUCUGGGUAGAAGUUGCUUUUAGGCACAGAUCUAGGAUCAGCUCAACCGCUCCAAAUUCUAAUCUCAACCAAUAUGGGGAAAAUGUGAAAAUGGACCAUAGAGCAGUGUCUAGGGCAGCAUUUUCCUAACUCGGUCCUCGGGACCCCAGGGGGUACACAUUUUGUUUUUUGCCCUAGCACUACACAGCUGAUUCAAAUGAUCAAGGCUUGAUGAUUAGUUGAUUAUUUGAAUCAGCUGUGUAGUGCUAGGGCAAAAACCAAAACGUCCACCCGGGGCCAGAAUCGAGUUUAGGAAACCCUGGCUUAGGGGCAACUGAAGAAGCACUGGAACUCAAAGCACUGGGUAAGAAAGGAGGGAAU